ACACCCCAGGUACCUGCGGUUUGGUUUACCUGAGUGAGGUGCGCUUGGAGCACCAAUAUUGGACAUUUGACACCUGAGAGGACUGCAACACUAUUCCUGUGGGUGAUUGAAAAGGGGACAUCGACAAUGAUAUUAUUUUUCAUACUUGCAGUUUUCUCCUCUGCCAGAGGCCUACAGGUGACCAUUGGACAACCUACAUAUGAGGUUGCGCGAGGCGAUGAUGUCACCCUGGUGUGUAGUUUCAUUCCUGCUGUACAUACCAACCCCUCCACGUUGGUUAUCAUCACAUGGUCCAUGGAGGCUGAUAGCCCUGUUGAUCCGAAGAUUGUUAUUGCCACAUUCUACUCUAUCAAAAAUCAAGUGGACAUCAAGCCUUCCCAUAAGGACCGAGUAGAGAUGACCCAUGACAUCACUGGAGGGCGGAGCACCCUGACCCUCCGCAAGGUGUCCAUGCAGGAGAACAGGCUGUGGCAGUGCAGGCUGCAAAUCCCUGGAGAUGAGGAGGGGACGCCUUCCGCCACCACCGAACUAGUGGUCCUGGUGGCUCCCUCUGUGCCCGUCGUCAGGGUGCAGGGCGAAGCAGAGUACUGGAGCAACAUCAACCUGACAUGUGUGUCUGAGGAGGGCUCCCCCGCCCCGACCUAUAGCUGGAAAACAAACGAUGUCAGGAAUACUCCCAGAGUAUUCCCACCGAGGACCACUGAGAAGAAUGGUGUUCUAUCUCUGUUUAAUAUCUCCAUGGAGACUUCCGGUUUCUUCAUCUGCACCGCGACCAACCAGGUCCGCUCUGCCAGCUCAAACUUCACCCUCACUGUCAUGCCCCCCUCCAUGAAGAUCGGGUCCACAGCAGCCAUCAUUGGAGGGGUCCUAGCUGGGGUCCUGGUCCUGGGGAUUGUCAUAUACUGCUGCAGGAAGAAGAGGAACAAAUCUAAACGGGAGAAUGUUCAAGGAGUUCCAGAAGCGGUGGAGUUCCAUGACACGCCCACACUCAAAGUUGGGGCAGGUUACCGGGACGACAUACCGGAAGACAGGACUGAGCGGAGCAUCGUGCUGCAUGACCAAUGCGAGACGAAAGGGGAGAUGGAGCAUGAUGACCAAAGUGUUAGAACAGAUUGUAGUGAUGGCCGUAAGGAGAAGUCUGAUGACAACCGCAACAACUAUGGAGAUCAGCGCGAUCGCUAUGGUGGCAGCCGUGAUCGCCUCGACGACCAGCGCGAUCGCUAUGGUGGCAGCCGCGAUCGCCUCAACGACCAGCAUGUUCGAUAUGGUGGCAGUCGUGAUCGCCUUGACGACCCACCUGUUCGCUUUAGUGGCAGCCGCGAUCGCAUUGACGACCCACCCAUUCGCUAUGGUGGCAGCCGUGACCGUCUUGACAACCCGCCUGCUGUUCGCUAUGGUGGCAGCCGUGAUCGCCUUGACGACCCGCCUGUUGUUCGACAUGGUGGCAGCCGUGAUCGCCUUGACGACCCGCCUGCUCGCUAUGGUGGCAGCCGUGACCGCCUUGACGACCCGCCUGUUGUUCGCUAUGGUGGCAGCCGUGAUCGCCUUGACGACCCGCCUGUUGGUCGCUAUGGUGGCAGCCGUGAUCGCCUUGACGACCCGCCUGUUGGUCGCUAUGGUGGCAGCCGUGACCGCCUUAAUGACCAGCAUGAUCGGCACAAUGACCAGUACGACGAAUCAUAAGAUGACCAACAUGUCCUUACACUAUUUCCAGGUUGUCCAAGGGAAUUACAGCCAUCCUCCCCAAUGCUAGUCUGCUGGUACAGGGAGCCUACUUCAGUAGUAUCCCAUGCUGGUGCAUUACACUAUAAUCUCCCCUUUGAUUCUAAUGCCUCACAAACAAUCAUUAAUGUUUCGCUAUUUCCAGGCUGUUAACUGCCCAAGGUGCUCAGUGAUUUGGACAUUUACUCAAUCAAAAAAUAUACCAGAUCCUGGUGCACUUGAUAACCGGAAUUUGGAAAAAUACAAAAAGGAUUUUAUUUGAUGAACAAACUUGGUCAUAGUAUUUGAUUAGCAUCCCCAUUAACUGUUGUAAAAGCAGCAGCUAUUCUUUCUGGAGUCAACACAAAACAUGACAUAAUACAGAACAUUAAUUUGACAAGAACAGCUCAAGGACAGAAGUUAAUUUGAUGAGAUGAGACCAAAUUCCAAACUGAAACAUGGCCCAUGGGUCACUUCUACACGGCCCUGUAAAGACCUGAAAGGACUGGAUCAAGAUCUGUGUCUAGGUGGUGAAGGCCUCUUUUCAACAGCUACUGUGUCUUAGUCUCCUACAUGAGGCUAACAGAAAGCUAUUGCCGUGCUAUUCAGAUGAACUCCUUUCAGAUCUUUUAGGGAGGUUGAUGAAUUACCUUGUGGUUGGUGUGAACCAACUGGACCUAAAUCAAGUUUUACCAUGAAAACAAGUGCCCUUGGGUUGUAUGACCCCAUGUGGUCAAUAUCUGUUGCGUAUGUGUGUAAUUAUGGAAUUGUUUUGACCCUGUGUUACAUCUUUUAAUUAUUACUUUGUGGUGAAAGUAGGCUACAUCAAAUCAUUUUUUUUUUAAUAACGCACUGAUUUCCUGUUCUAUUUGCUAGUAAUUUCUCCAAUCAAUAAAUGAACUGUAUGAUGAAUGGCAAGGAAAAACACUAUGUAAUUACGACAUUUUUAUUAAUUGAAAUGAAUCAUAUAUAUAUAUAUAUAAAAAUAAAAAAAGAUAAUAAAGGGAAGAAGUGGAGGAAAAACUGAGCUAAAAUCUCUGGAUUAUUUUUGUUUCAUUUCUUUAUUCCACAGGAUCACACCCGUUUUAUUAAUAAAAUAUAUUUUUCCCCCUUUUAAAACCAGACUCUUCUACCUCAUUCCAUGGGUACAAUUACCAGUUGGAGCAGGUUUAAGAUUUUGGGGGAGAUUAGUUUAGAUGUAUUGUUUUGAAUCCCAAAUCUAUUUAAAUAUGUGCUUGUAGUAGUAUUAUAGGUAAAAUGGUGGUAAA